AUGCAGUUCUCAGCCGUCAUCCUCCUUGGCCUCGCCAGUGCCGUCUCUGCCAGACCUUUCAGCUGGUCCGAUCUGUUCAAGUUUAUUGAUCUGCCACUCCCAACUACCGAUGAAAUCCCAAUCCCAACCGGCACCACAUUCACUAUCAUUCCCACUGGAACCGGCACUGGCAUUCCUACCGGCACCGGCACCGGAAUCCCAAUCCCAACUGGAACUGGCACCCUGCCUUACCCAACUGGCACUGUCACUGACACUGCCUUUCCAUCCGGCACCUACCACUGGCCAACCACCAUCCCAACUCCUUUCAUCUAA